AUGAGAAAAAGCGUAGCCUACCGAUACACAGACCCACCUAACCCAUCCACAACGGAAAUGACUGACGAGUCAUGCGCAAGGCUGACACUGCAUGCGGCAUUUCUGCCAUUGGAUCAAAGCGUUCUUUAUUCGAAUGAGUCCAUGGUCUGCCCUGCUGCGCCUUGCCAGAAGGGGACCAUGGUGAAGGGAUCGUCUCCGAAAGGCUGCUUAGCGUGGGCAUCAGUGUCCAGUCGGGUGAGACAUUAUGCACACGGCGGGGCCGACCCUCUCAAGGACCUCCGAUGGUCCAGGUGCCUGAAUCCCCUCUGCUGCGCCUCGCCAGAACAGUACAAUUGCGGCAAGAUCGUCCACGGAAGAUCACUUGGCGCAGACACUGGCGUCCAGUCCAAUGAUAACAGAUCAUCCGCAAAGUGA